GUCAGCGACGACGAGACGAAGGACGCAGUCAUAAUCGACCCAGCAAAUCCUCCCGAAGUAACACCCGUCCUCUCCGAGAAAUCCAAAGACCUCAAUUUAACCGCCAUCGUAAACACCCACCAUCACUGGGACCACGCCGGCGGGAACAAGAAGAUCCUCUCGUCUCUACCAUCCCAGAUCCCCGUGAUAGGCGGCAAAGACUGCGAAGCCGUGACGAAAACGCCCUCCCACAACUCGACCUUCAAUAUAGGCAAGAACAUCCACGUCAAAGCCUUGCACACCCCCUGCCACACCCAAGACAGCAUCUGCUGGUUCAUGGAAGACAAUGCGACGAACGAGCGCGUGGUAUUCACCGGCGACACUUUAUUUAUCGGCGGGUGCGGGAAGUUCUUCGAAGGUAACGGCACGGAGAUGCACAAGGCGCUCAAUGAGGUUUUGGCGUCCUUGCCGGACGACACAAAAGUAUACCCGGGGCACGAGUACACCAAGUCAAACGUCAAGUUCCUGAAGAAGGUGCAGCCGGAGAACGAAGCGAUCCGAAAACUCGAGAAAUUUGCCGACGAGAAUCAACAGACUCAAGGUAAAUUCACGAUCGGGCAGGAGAAGGAACAUAAUCUGUUUAUGCGGGUGCAUACGGAGGAGAUGAAGAAGGCUACGGGCGAGACGGAACCGCAGGCGGUGAUGGCCAAAUUGAGAGAGAUGAAGAACAAUAGCUAA